GUCAUAUCCACUCAAAUAUGAGGACAACCGUCGCUUGUCAAUGGUGUCGAAGUGCGAAAAUCAAAUGCCAUCACGAUGGCUCCCCACCAUGUCGGUCCUGCUCGGUGAACCCCGGAAGGCAAUGUAUCUUGAGUACCCCGAAACAUCAAUCGAAACGACAUCAAAGUUCAUCUAGACCCAAAAGGCAUUCCCUAAGCCGAGUUUCAGGAGCUACUAAAGAUUACGAGGAACUACGAACAGCAACGGGUCGUUCCCUUUCUCUAACCGAGGAUCCUUUGAUGAGAUUAGAUGACAAACUACUGAAAGAUGCAUUCUAUGUCUUUAUCCGUCAUUUCCCUGAGUUCGGGAUUUUCCAUCAGCCAACGUUCUGCAUACUUCUCGAGAAAAGAAGCAUUCCAACAUUACUGCUUUGUGGCAUCUUGGCCUUAAGUUCCCGGUUUAUGCCGGAACUGGUCAGUCUUCAUGGCAGUCCUGGAAAGGCUUCGGAACAUUUUGCGAAUUAUGUUCGUCAGAAUAUAAUGGGUCAUACCAUGACCGCCAUGGAUAUCCACACAGUCCAGACGCUACUCAUGUUAAGUUUGUAUGACUGGGGAAAUGGCGAUGGUUCCCGUGCUUGGGUAUAUAACGGUAUGGCGACCCGUAUCGUUCAUGGGGUUUACGCACAGGUCAAGGAAUCUGCUAAGACUGACAUGUCUUCUUUCAAAAACUCUCAGUUGGAAGAGGCAUGCAGGACUGUCUGGGCUUGCUUUCUACUUGACUCCAUGAUUGGAUGUGGCAAAUGUCAGGCUUCCAAUUUCUCGAUGAGUAUAAGUAAUAUUCCUCUGCCCUCGGGCGAGGAUGACUUCGCCUUUGGAAAUAUUCAGUCCCCCAGACCCACAUUCAUGAAAGCGUGGGAUUUUGAAACCAAUGAUUAUCACCUACGGAGUUCAUCAUCGCCAGAGAAAAUGGGAUAUGACCAAACAUUCGCUUUGAUAGUCCAAGGCUUCCACAUCUGGCAAACUAUUUCAUCUUGGGUUUCUCUUGGGGGAAGAAGACGUGAGUCGCCGUCAUCAAGAGAGCCUCCUUGGCGAGGCUGCUCGUUCUGGUCUCGCAGUAUGGCCGCCCUAAAAGAUUGGCGUGCAUCACAAUCUCCGCAGUUAAUAUAUUCCGCGUCGAAUAUAAACCUUCAAGUUUACAUUUCACGCAACGAAGGGGAACGUUUCGUUAUCACGAAUCUUCUCUUUUACUUGAAUCUAAUCCUGCUUCACCGAGAAUAUAUCCCUUUCGUGCCUCAGUUGAUUAACCGGCCACAAGGUCCAAUACAGCCUCCCUUGUUGGUAGAAGAGGCUCCUCUUGGAUGGUGGGAUCAGAGUGCGCAAGAACUGUUUGCAGCUGCGUCAAAUAUCAUUCAAAUUAUGCAGGAGCUCAAUAAGGGUGGCACGCAAUUUCAAACCCCGUUUACAUGCUUUUGCGUUUUCAGUGCUGCGUCAACUCUCUGUUAUGCGAAGACAUGGCCUUACAUGGCACCCGGACUCGACCCUCAAACUUCAUCAACUAUGUUCUCAUGGGCAUCUGCAUGGCUAAGCCAGGCAUGCAAAUUCUGGAAAGUCGCAAAUGGAUGGUACAGGACAAAUCUCACUUUAUGCCAGCUUUAUACACAGAUCAAGAUGGAUCCAACUCAGCUCCUGGAUGUCCGACGAGAUGUAUUCACGGUCCUGGAGGAGAAUAUCCAGCGACUAGCAGGUUCGGAGACCUUGGAUCUAGUCGACAUACCGACUGCAAACAUUCUUUUACUACUGCAGAGACAACAAAGGGAAACAGAGAAAAGUGGACAAGAGCCUCCCGCGCCAAUUCCAACUCUACCCUCCUACCUAAAUUCUGACCAGGACCUGUUUGCAAAUAUUUUGUUAGACCCUUCCGGUGACUGGACACGCCCUUUUAUUGACACUACACAACUUUCUGGACCAUGA